AUGAAGCUCUUGACUAGACUUCGUUUGAAGGUAUUUGGUGAUAAACGCUCGUUGCCAAUAGCUGUUCUGGCAGGACUCUGGAUAGCGCUUGUGUUUUAUGCCGAGUGGUAUCGUCCGUUAGCGCGGCUGCGGGCGUGCAAUUGGAAUGAUAGUUUGGACGCUACACGUGUUCUGCUCCUGGCAGAUCCGCAACUUAUAGACUACAACACCUAUCCCGGCCGGAGCAGAUGGCUAUUGAAACUGUCGCAGACAAUUGUGGACAGGUACUUGGCCAAGAAUUGGCGUGCAAUGCACAAAGUUCUUGAUCCAGACACCGUGGUGUUUCUAGGCGAUCUGUUCGACGGUGGCCGCGAGUGGGAGAAUGAUGUUUGGCUGGACGAAUACGAACGUUGGAAUAACAUCUAUCCGCAAAAACCUGGAAUCCGCACCUAUAUGAACUUGCCCGGAAAUCAUGACAUUGGGUUUGGCGACACGGUUGUGCCAGCUGCUUUAGAUCGGUUUAGAGCAUAUUUCGGUGAACCCUCUUCCCACCACGAAAUUGGAGGCUAUACAAUUGUGUUUCUGGACACAAUCUCCAUGUCCAAUACCAAAAGUCCGUUUAUUUACAACCCUCCGCGGGAGUUUCUUGGAAACUUAUCUACAACCACGAAUCCCAAUCUUCCUCGCAUUUUAUUCACUCAUGUACCUCUUUUCCGGCCACCAGGAAGUGAUUGCGGCAAGCACCGCGAGUCUCAAAUGGACCUUCCCUACUCUAAAGGGUACCAGUAUGUGACGCAAACCUCUCCGGAGCUCACAGAGUUCAUUUUGACUCAAGUUCAACCCCAAGCAGUUUUCUCUGGCGAUGACCAUGAUGCAUGCCAUGUUUUACACAAGUACGGGACCAAAAGUGCCGACGAGUUCACCGUCAAGUCAUGCUCCAUGGCUAUGGGAAUAGACCGACCAGGUGUCCAGCUGCUAUCGCUUAAUGGAUCCAAUGGAUACACUACGUCAAUCUGUCUUCUUGCCCAUCCAUUCGCCCCAUUCAUUUAUUAUACUCUUGCAGCCAUCGCGUCAAUGCUGCUUCUAGCAGUGCGUCACUGGCCAACCAGAAAUUAUCUGCCCGUCGCUGAAAAGAAAGUCCAACCCCUCACAAAAUAUGCUGUUGUCAAAAGUAUGGCACCAGAAACACUCGUUUUAGCCGCCAGCUGGCUGGCCGCGCAGAUUUAUAUUUCAAGGUGGAUAUAUAGCAGCAUGUAA